UAACAUUCGGUUUUUAGAAUUAUACCUUAUCACAAUAUACGACUAUAGUCAUACACAUAUCGCCGAGUUUCGAAUCUAGUUCUGAUUACAUAGGAGGAGAUCGUCCCAUCAUGAGCAUCAUACUCGCCGGUGCUGGUCCCGGAGACCCUGAGCUGCUCACAAUCGCAGCCAUGAAAGCUUUGGAGAAUGCAGAGCUGGUGGUGUCCGACAGGUUAGUGCACGCAGAUAUCCUGGCCUUCGCGAAGUGCGAAGUGAAGAUUGCGCUCAAAACAACAGGCCGAUCUGAUCCAGGUGUGCGGGUGUCUGGGUCUGGCUCUGACGAAUUAAGUGAGUGGUGUCUAGAGGGACUCGGAGCUGGGAAGCGCGUGGUAAGACUCAAAAUCGGAGACCCCUUUGUGUUCGGUCGUGGAGGUGAAGAGGUGCUGUGGUACAGAGAGCGAGGGUUCGAAUGCCAAAUAAUUCCUGGUAUAUGUAGCGCCCUAGCUGGUCCCUUGGAAGUGGGUAUACCAGUAACGCAUCGGGGGGCCAGUGAGCAAGUGCUGAUCUGUACAGGAAGAGGCAGAAAUGGCACAUAUCCUAACAUACCUGAAUAUGACCCGGCGCGCACGAUUGUGAUCCUUAUGGGUGUCGGCAGGCUGGGCGAGCUUAGUGCGAUGCUCAUCAAGGACAAACAGUUCCCCUCGUCGACUCCCGUGAAUGUCGUACAAUCAGCCACCACGCCAGAGAUGAAGCAGUGCAUGGGCACGUUACAGGACAUCGAAGACAAGGCAAAGCAGGCGGAGGUGAAGGCACCAGCCGUCAUAACUAUCGGUGGAGUUGUAGAUGUAUUACGACCUGUUGAUACAGUACGCGAUUAGAAUAUAAACUAGUAAUUUC